AUGCAUUUCUUCAAGACCGCCGUCGUGGCUGGCCUCGCCGGCUUGGCCUCGGCCCAGACCUACACCGACUGCAACCCGACCACCAAAACCGGCUGCCCGUCCGAUGCCGGUCUUAACAAGGCGUCGUACUCGGUUGACUUUACCGGCGGCGCGAGCUCCGACUGGACUCUGACGUCCGCGUCGGCCAGCUACAGUGCCAGCACCGGCGCCGCCCUCACCAUCAGCAAGGCCGGCAACGCGCCGACGCUCAGCAGCAACUUUUACAUCUUCUUUGGCCGCGUCUCUGUUUUGGCGCGCGCGUCCCCCGGCCAGGGCAUUGUCAGCAGCAUUGUCCUCGAGUCCGACGACCUCGACGAGAUCGACUGGGAGUGGAUCGGCGGCCAGGACAAGCAGGUCCAGACCAACUACUUUGGCAAGGGCAACACCACCGUCUACGACCGCGGCACCACGGUCGACCUCGACGCGCCCACGCAGUCGGCGUUCCGCAACUGGACGCUGGUCUGGACGGCGGCGUCGACGAAGUGGUACGUGGACGGCCGCCUGGUGCGCACGCUGGCCUACGCCGAGGCCCUGGGCGGCCGAAACUACCCGCAGACGCCGAUGCGCGUCAAGGUGGGCAGCUGGGCGGGCGGCGACAGCAGCAACUCCAAGGGCACGAUCGAGUGGGCGGGCGGCGCGACCAACUACAACGACGGGCCCUUUACCAUGUACGUCAAGAGCAUCGAGAUUGAGAACUACACCCCGGCCAGCCGCUACACGUACAAGGACACGACGGGCGGCUACAAGAGCAUCGUCAUUGGCUAG